AUGGCUCCACUCUACAUUCUAGGUAAAGACCUGAGGAUAUCUACAUACAAAAAGGGCACAUAUGUUCAUGGGAAUAUUCCAAAAGAUUGUGUCGAUCAGUUUUCUAAACUGUUGAAAGAAGGCAAGGUUUAUGCUAUAAAGGAUUUUGCAGUAAUCUCACACUACUAUCAGUACAAAACCACUGAUCACACAUACAUGAUUAGAUUCACUCAUGAAACUCAUGUGGAGAGACAUAGGCGAAAGGGAUUUCCCAACCUCAUGUUUCGGAUUAAGUCUUUUUCGGACUUAAUGUCUGGUAGUGUGUCUGACAAGCAUUUGAUUGAUGUCAUUGGAAUAGUUGUGGAGUUCUACAGUCCUAAACAACUCACCAUAGCUGGUUUUCCUUCCAAACUUCUCGAUGUUUGA